AGAAGACCAAAAGACACAAUUGGAGUUGUUCAGGUGGAACCGCGAGGUGGAGUUGUUGGAAAAAGGCAUGCUAUGCGCUGCGCAUGUACGAUCCGAACGUACCCGGUACCGGCAAGUACAGUACCGGUACCGGCGGCCAUUUACGCGUACAGUGCCGGCGACUAAUUUAACGGAUCUAGAUUUCCGCGUUUAAAUUUAAAUACGACAAACUACAUCAUGUAUAAAAAUAUGAAAUUAAUUGUCAUAUUCAUGACAUUGGUCGUAGGCUUGCCUUUUAUUUCUGCAUUUAACCAGGAAAAGGAAGCCUUCAUCGCUCUUAUGAAACUACUCGAGUUGCCACAAAUACCGGAGAGGUAUGUUUCUCCCAUGGACGCAGAGUUGUUACCUUUUGAGCAACCCAUGGUGACAUCAUUCAGCUGGAAGUCUUGUGGUCCCAAUGACCCCAUCACAGCUGAAGUAGUUCUCUCACCAGAUCCUCUUGUUAUCCCUGGUAAUGUCACGGUAGAAGCCAAAGCAACUCUUAAGGUUGAUGUAGUUUCCCCAGUCAAGGUUUCUCUAUCCAUUAAGAAGAAGGUCUUAGUAUGGAUACCCAUCCCUUGCAUUGAUAAUGUUGGUUCCUGUACCUAUGAUGAUAUCUGUGAAAUGUUGAAUACAACUUUCCCACCAAGUCAACCGUGUCCUGAGCCUUUUGCUUCAUCUGGAUUACCAUGUCAUUGUCCUUUCAGUGCUGGUGAUUACAACUUGCCUGCAACUCAAGUUGAAGUAGAUGAUACUGGGAUACCGUCUUGGCUGAGCUCCGGUGAUUAUCAGGUCAAGGCUGUUGCUCAGGAUAGCAGUGGAAAGGAGCUAGCUUGUUUCACCGCAACUUUGACCCUCAAAUAAAGAAAUUUGCUUCCUAAGGAGGAUACUUCUGGAGUAAGGCAUUCAUCUUCUAACCUUAGUAUUAGUGUCAGUAACCAGAUUGAAUAACAAAAAAUUUAUGUUAAGAUAUACGUUCAAUGCAAACUAUUCAUUUUACUCAAAAUUUAUUUAAACUCAGUCGAAAUAUAAUCAUGUAUUGAUAAAAAUCUAAGAAAAAAUCUGACUUCAUAUAUUUUGGCACUUCAUACUUUCAUAGUUUUUUCAUGUAAAGUCAUUCAUAUGAAUUCAUGAGCAGCUUCAUGAACCAUCCCUAGAAUACAUGCAAAGUCUUUCAACAUAUCCUGGUCAUGAUUUGUGUCUAUUCUCCUGGCUCAAAACCAUCAAUAAAAUGAAGAAUUUUUAAAAGGGUAGUUCGCCUCUAAAAUAAAUUUAAGAGUUGAAUUGUAAAGUUGAAAUUUUAAAUUGAAAGUUUCAAUUCAAAUAGAGAAGGAAGCAGGAGGCAAAUUGAAAGGAUCAGAGUUGGGGAGUGUUAAAACACCUUUAUAAUUCAGUAAUAACACUGACUUUUGAGAGUUUGGUCAAUUGGACACAAUUGAAUUAGUAGCUGUGAUUAUUAUCAUGCAAGAUUGUCUUCCAAAAUCCCUGCUAUUGAAAUUCAAUUAAAUGUUGUACUCUGUAUUAUCAUUAAUACAUGUUGGAUAUAUACUAGUCUACAUGUACAUGGUCAUAUAGAAAAAAAAGUGCAAUUUGCUACAUUGCAUGUCUCUGCAAAACCUGUUAUGUACUUUGCAGUAAAAUUUGUGUUAAUUGCAUUUGUACACUUUAAAACAUUUUUUUUUAAUGACUGAAACCACUUUGGCUUUGCAAAGUUUGCAUAUUCCAGUUCCAAUUUAUUUUUUUACUUUACAUUUAUGACCAUUUUUUUAUGAACCCAUUCUCAGAUCUUUUUAAUUUUUGUUACCAUUCUACAUUCCUUCUCCAAUAUUAUGUAAAUGUAUGUGUAUCUCAUAACAGCAGUGAAGGUAAUUUUUGUCUCACCUGCAUAGCAGAGUGAGACUAUAGGCGCCGCUUUUCCGACGGCGACGGCGGCGGCGGCGUCAACACCAAAUCUUAACCUGAGGUUAAGUUUUUGAAAUGACAGCAUAACUUAGAAAGUAUAUGGACCUAGUUCAUGAAACUUGGCCAUAAGGUUAAUCAAGUAUUACUUAACAUCCUGCCUGAGUUUCAUGUCACAUGACCAAGGUCAAAGGUCAUUUAGGGUCAAUGAACUUAGACCAUGUUGGGGGAAUCAACAUCAAAAUCUUAACCUAAGGUUAAGUUUUUGAAAUGUCAUCAUAACUUAGAAAAUAUAUGGACCUAGUUCAUGAAACUUAUACAUAAGGUUAAUCAAGUAUCACUGAACAUCCUGCAUGAGUUUCACGUCACAUGACCAAGGUCAAAGGUCAUUUAGGGUCAAUGAACUUUGGCCGAAUUGGGGGUAUCUGUUGAAUUACCAUCAUAACUUUGAAAGUUUAUGGAUCUGAUUCAUGAAACUUGGACAUAAUAGUAAUCAAGUAUUACUGAACAUCCUGUGCAAGUUUCAGGUCACAUGAUCAAGGUCAAAGGUCAUUUAGGGUCAAUGAACUUUGGCCAAAUUGGGGUAUUUGUUGAAUUACAGCCAUAAAUUUGAAAGUGUGUUGGUCUAGUUCAUAAAACUUGGACAUAAUAGUAAUCAAGUAUCAUUGAACAUCCUGUGCGAGUUUCAGGUCACAUGAUCAAGGUCAAAGGUCAUGUAAGGUCAAAGAACUUUGGCCACGUUGGGGGUAUUUGUUGAAUUGCCAUCAUAUCUCUAUAAGUGUAUUGGUCUAGUUCAUAAAACGUGGAAAUAAGAGUAACCAAGUAUCACUGAACAUCUUGUGCGAGUUAUAGUAGUUUUCAAAAUCAGCACUGCUGCUAUAUUGAAUCGCGUGAUGCAGGUGAGACGGCCAGAGGCAUUCCACUUGUUUAAUAAAUUAUAGUAUUUUGUAGUACAUAUUUUUGUAUAUUUUAGAAAAUGUUUCACAAUUAACAUGACCUUUUAAUACUAUUGUACAUGUAGAAUCAUAUGCUAUAUAUGCAUGUAGACUAUUGUUUGACUUGAUGAUGAUGAUUAUAUUAUUUCAAGGGUAAUUUUUUUCAUGAGAGGGAGUUGAAGAAUUUAAUUAGCUUUUUUUUCAACUUGGCAAUACUAUUUUUCCAUGGCUGCAUUUUCCUUUAAUUGUUAAUUUCUCUGAAAUAAAUAUGAAUUUACUCAUAGAAUUUAGAAAUUUGUCAAUUUGCAUGGAAAACUGACUUUUUACAUUUUUGGUCCACAUUGCCACAUUUAGUGAAUAUUUUUAUAUUGAUUUUUAAAGUGCAAAUGUGAGAUGCCGAGGAUGGAAUAAAAUUGUACAGUGGGAUGUAUUUAUGCUGGCCUGCCAUCAUUCCAUCCCACACCUGUUUUUUUUUCUUAAAGAUUGAUUCUGAUACAUCUUAAGUUUUUCACCUGUCUCUGUUAUGCAAUAGAGUUCAAUUUUUCAUUGUGAAAAUUGUGAUGUUUUGUCCUUUUAAUGGCAACAUUUCUUAAUAUUGCUUAAAGCAAAAAGCCCUGAGUUGGUGAAAAAUCAUUAAGAAAAUCAAAUUUUGCCUUGGCCAUCUCUCUCCUUCCUACUGGCACAUAAUGGUUGUGUAUUAAAGAAGAAAGCAGUAUUUGCAGAGUAAUCACGAUCUAUAUAUAGUAUACAAACUACACAUGUUAGUAUUGAGAGAUAUUGUCAACAUUGUUAACAGUAUUGUUAUGUAACACAGAUUUAAUUGAUUAUACUGUUACAAUAAUCCAUUGUUAUUAUUAUUACUAUUGAAGUCUUCUUAAACUAUCUAUGCAAUAUGUGUGCUGUAAUUGAACAAAAUGUUUGAAGUCCUCAUUGCAUGCUUGAGUGAUAUGAAAAAAAAAAAACAUUGAUAAUAAAUAAUUGUAUGUGAGUGUUAAUGAAUUAUGUAGUAAGUCAAGUUCAAACAUCAUGAAUUUUUUUCUUUUCUUAUUUUCAUUUUAAUAUCAAAAUUGUCAAUGAUAUUAGUGCUAUACCAGGAUUUCUUUAACAACAAUCACAUUUUGCCCUGCCUUCAUAUGUAUUUGAUAAUCUCAACUUGCUUAGAAGUAUUUUGCAUUGCUAAAUAAAUUGAAUUUAAUAAACCAAUAUUCUUUUAGAGGAAAUGAUGCUAGGGAUUACAUGAUGAAAAUCCAGUCACCCUUUUUUUUUAUAUAAAGGGAUAAAUGCUGAUAAAUCAAUCAUGUUGAAAUUCAUUAUAUCUUCAUGUUUCCCUGACACUUUCUCUAAAUUGUGUUUUUAAUUCUGUUGAUUUAAUAUUCAUCAUUUUCAUGUAUUGAGUCAUCCCUCCAAAUUCAUACUGAAUAAGUACUAGUAAUGACCAAAAGGAAAAGCAAGUUCUAAUUAUUUUGAUUUAUAUAUUUUGGAUGAGGCUAAAGUAACAUGUUACAUGUAUAAUGAUGAAAUAAUGGUUAUGUAUAUAAUAUGUUGUUGUCCAAUAGAUAAUUGUAUGUAAACGCAACUGUGACAAAGACUUAACUGAAAAGAUUAUGUGAUCAAAGGUUCUGGAAGUUAAAUAUGUAAAGUGUAUAUAAUCAUUUGUUCUUCUACAUGGUAUAAUUAGUAUUUGGCUCUAAUUGUUAUGACUAUUGCAGUACUCAUAUUAUUACAAAGCACAAAAUAUAUUUUUUAUAUUUCAUUGUAAUUAUUAAUAGUUAGAAAUGAUGUGAAUAACAUUAUGCAUACUUGAAUGACUUGACAUGAGAAUUGUUUGCAUAUCCUUUUAUUCUGAAUGAAUUAUAUCAGUCAGUGUCAUUGGGUUAUUUUUCUAAUUCAUAUUGUAUAAUUUGUUUUUAAUGAAUAAGAUAAUGUUUUAAUGAAAUUGUGAUGCUAGGAAAAUGUGGUAAUUGUAUAAUUAACCAAUACUCAUCAAUCCAUUUAAAAAAGAAUUAGGUGGGAGGCCUUGGAAUUUAUACAGACGUAUGAAGUGGCGUACGAAGGGUGGUGGUUACAGGGGUUCAAACCCGCUCCCUAAUUUUUUUUUUUACCAAAACCACCCCCUAAGAAUUAAACACAAAAAAAGGCUGGAAAAAAAUAUGGUCAUCAGAAGUAAGGGGGCUAAUGUUAAGUGUACUUAAUUACCAUACCAUGAGAGCGAAGUUGGCAUGUUAAAAGCGUCUGCCUGUCGAUCCAAAGAUCGUGGGUUCGAGUCCCACCCGGGCGGAUGACUGAAGCCAGUGCGUCGUGUGUAAAUGUCUCUCCCCUGUUCCAUAGAUGCAGGCUAUGUUACAGUGGAAAACACUCCGUCCCUCGGAUGGGACAUUAAAUGGAGGCCCUGUGUAGAGGAGAGUCACCACCUCUGCACGUUAAGAACCCACUGCACUAUCCAUAUACAAAUGUAAGUGUAGGGGGAAACCCCGGUGUAGUGGUCCACCUGCACUCUCCCAAUCAGUUAUAUCGGGAGGAGAGACCUGCAGGUCACAGUUAUUCAGUUUGCUUUUUGCCUCCCAGGCACAGGUGAUGCCAAACAAAUAAUGAUAAUAGUAGUAUUAAUAACUUUGUGCUGUUUCCAAUAUGACAAAGACUAAAAGUUUUCAAUUUUUUCAUAUACCUCGUAUUCCCUCGGGUCAUUUCAUGGGUCUAUCACUUCAUAUUCAUUUUAUUAUACUAUACUCAGGAGCAAUCUACAGUGUGUUACUGAAACCUGGAGAAUAUGAACUCAAUGUAUGUUAGAAACAUAAACAAUUCCUCUACAUAUCCAUCACAAAAUCUAGUGAAUUGUUUAUGAAAAAGGAAAAUAGGCUUAUUGCAUUUGCUUUUUUAUUUUGAGAAAUGAUAACAGCAUUAUGCAAAUGUGCAUUAAUCAUUCAUAACUUAUCACAAUUUGCUAUACUAGGUGCAAUUAAUACAUAUUAUGUACUUUCCUCUUUCAUAUUAAGAUUUCAAUUCAUUAGAUUGUGAAAAUAAUUUCCAGUGUACAGGUAGUUCUUCCUCUUUCUUUUAUAGAAGUUGUUAAUGUAAACUGGCAAAAUAAUUCCCGUAGGCGCUUUAUAAAUUCUGUCAGAAGUGAGAGAGAAAAAAGGUGAUUAUAAUACAGUGUCUAUGAGAUGUUGACCAAUACUAAUUUUAUACAUCACUAUAUUUUUAUCAAUAAAUAUUCCAACUUUCAUACCAUCA